UUGUCUGCUUUUUGUUCCUUGGACUUUUGUACGAGGAAUAAUUUGGAAACGUAGUUGCUUUUCGCGGUGUUCAUGGAGGAUACGACGGAGAGAAGGACUCCGUUGUUGGAGAAGGUAUACUUCGAAGGUUGUCCGGGUUGUAAGCAAGAUAGGAAGAAGGCAGCUUCUAGUGGAAUCCCCUACACAGAGUUCUUUUAUGUGUGGAUUGUCACACUCUGCACAGCUUUGCCGAUAUCAUCAUUGUUUCCAUUUAUAUACUUCAUGAUAAGGGACUUGCAUGUUGCCCAAAAAGAAGAAGAUAUUGGAUUUUAUGCAGGUUUUGUCGGAGCUUCAUUUAUGCUUGGAAGAGCAUUGACUUCCUUAUUGUGGGGAAUAAUUGCCGAUCAACAUGGAAGAAAACCUGUUAUAGCAAUUAGUCUUGUUGCAGUGAUAGUAUUCAACACUCUCUUUGGGCUGAGUACUACUUACUGGAUGGCAAUUACAACAAGAUUUCUUCUUGGAUCACUAAAUGGUCUACUUGGUCCAAUAAAGGCAUAUUCUAUAGAAGUUUGUAGAGAAGAACAUCAAGCUCUUGGAUUAUCACUUGUGACAACAGCAUGGGGCAUAGGUCUUAUAAUUGGCCCAGCUAUUGGAGGCUUCUUUGCUCAGCCUGCAGAAAAAUAUCCUGAGAUAUUUUCACAAGAUUCUUUAUUUGGAAGGUUUCCAUACUUCUUGCCUUGUCUUUGUAUAUCAGUCUUUGCAGCUGCAGUUUUUAUAGCUUCUUUGUGGCUUCCUGAAACAGUGCAUAAACAUGAUUCAUACAAAUUGGGGGACGCGACAAUUGAACAUAUGGAGUCUUCUCCAUUUAGCUCUGAUGUAAAAGGAUAUGUUGAUGAAUGUGAAAAACAAGAUUCACAUCCAAAGAAGAGCCUUUUUAAGAAUUGGCCAUUAAUGUCAUCUGUCAUCGUCUAUUGUAUUUUUUCACUUCAUGAUAUGGCUUACACUGAGAUAUUCUCUUUAUGGGCUGUUAGUGAUAAAAGUUAUGGAGGAUUAAGCUUUUCAUCUCAAGAUGUUGGUGAAGUUCUUGCUAUCUCAGGACUUGGUCUUCUGGUAUACCAACUUCUUGUUUAUCCUUCAGCUGAGAAAUUGCUAGGACCAAUCAAAUUAAUGCGUGCUGCUGCAGCUUUAUCUAUACCUUUGCUUGCGGCUUUUCCCUUUAUGACUAAGUUAUCAGGACUUCUACUUACAUUGAUAGUGAACUGUGCAUCUUUGAUGAAGAAUGUUCUUUCUGUAUCUAUCUUAAUUGGAUUGUUCAUUUUGCAAAACAAUGCUGUGUCUCAAGAACAAAGAGGUGCUGCAAAUGGCAUAGCAAUGACUGCAAUGUCCUUGUUUAAAGCAAUUGCUCCAGCUGUUGGUGGUGCUAUGUAA